AUGCUUAAGAGAAGAAAGAACAAAAAGGAAGUCAUUGAAGAACCAACAGAAAAGAAAAAUUUUGAGAUUGUGCUCGAUCAUCUUCGUGGACAGUUACAUAAUUUAGAGGGAAAGCAUAAUUUCCAUUAUUCUGAGGAUCUUGGUCACCUCCUUGACGCCAAAGUUAAUGAAAUUUCUACAAAUCUAAAGGAAGGCAAAGUGUAUGACGACCAGGAACAAAUUUUCGAAAAAUCGGAGGAAAAGGCUCAGCAAUAUCUAGCAAAGAUCAAGAAGCUUAGAGCUGAUUUUAAAUAAGCAAGAUAUUUACAAAAAUCUUCUGAAGCUUGGAAUGAAGGAUAACGCUCUUAUGUACAAAGAGAUUGAAGAAAGAAUGGAGAGACUUAACAAAGAAAUUCCAAGGCUCACAAUGUCAGCUGAGAACUUGGACCUCGAACUCGAGAUGGAAGAGCAGGUUGGCAUUGCCAGCGUCAGAAAGGUCAAGAACUUAAUCUCUCUGACUGGAAAACAAGCUGAAGAUGAGGAAGAGGCUAAGAAGAUGAAUGAAAAAGCCCAAGAAUUCAUCAAAAAGAAAGAAGAAGAAUGGAAAAAUAUAGCCAAAAAGAGAAAAUCCAGAAUCAGAAAGCAGCAAUUACUAGAACAAAAAUACAAAGAAGAGCAAGAGAAGAAGAGGCUUGAGGAGCUAGAGAAGCGUAAGGAGAAGGUAAUCCAACAGUGCAAGGAAUCUGAAGACAAAAGACUUCAACAUCAGAAGGAAAGAGAAGCCAAAAAAGGUCCUGUCAUCCUUGAUAGAGAUUAUAUGCAUGAAAAACUGCAAAAGAAAUACCACGACCAAUUUGUAGUUCCCUCCCUUGAACAGAAGAAAAUGCAAUUAGAGAACCUCAGAAAUUUCCAUAAGCCAAUUAACCGGGAAGAGUUAGAUGAGCAUGAAAAGAAAUUCUUAGAAACUCUAAAAUUAAAGCAAGAUGAGAAACGUCUUAAGAGGGAGAGAGAAUACAAAGAAUGGGGCAUAGGGAAUAACAAUCCCAAAUAAAUAUAUCACAAAGACACUUAAACAAACACUCGAAAGAAAUAGAGAAGUUAAAGAAACUGAAGAAGCAGAAGAACUCAAAAUUAAACAGAGAGCAAAGAAGAUGGAAGAUUAUGCCAAACUGGUUAAACAAAUGCACUGGCCAGAAGUCUCCCCUAAGAAGAGAGAAGAAAUGAAGAAGUUACGCAACUCAGUUGAGUAUAAAAAGGGCCUAAAGAAAAGCCGUUUUUCUGCUAGAGACCUUCAUCACGGGACUGAUACUGAAAAGAUGUCAGCUAAGCAUAGACAUACCAAGUCACAAGCCAAGAUUAAUUGGAAGAAGUUCCAUAACCCAAUGAUCCCAAAAGAGCAGCCUAAGAGAACUCCAAUAAUAACUGAUUAUCUUCUUGAAAGAAGGGUUAAAAGAGACAACAAGGAGUAUGAUGACAUGAUGGAUGACCCCAAAACACCUACUAAUCCAGCUCUUGACUGGAAAUCUGUGCUAAAUAUGGCUUAUAACAAUAAAGAAUAUUCAGGAAUCGUCAGAGAGAAAGCCAAAGUUAUAGAAAGCAAUGCCAUGAUGAAGAGGAAAACUGCUUUGAUUACUGACGAUAUCGAGGGAGAAACUAAAGCAAAUGAUAUGCUCAUUGACGCACUCGAAGCGAAGCUAUCAAUCCUUGACAAAAUAUAAUCAAUUUUAGCUGCAAGUUAUGGGG